GUAGUCAUAUGACUUGCAGAGUGCUCAACAUGGCUCGCGCAGUGAUUGUACUGUUUUUGUGUUUGCUAUCGGGAGUUUUGGCCGGUCGUUUCUUCAACGAACAAGAACCUUGCUACAAACCCCUGCGACGAGACAAGGUGUCCGUGAGGACUUAUCCCCGCCCCCAUGAGGUCAUCAAGAAGGUAGACCUCCCCAAGACCUGGGAUUGGAGGAAUGUCAACGGCACCAACUACGUCAGCACCACCCGCAACCAGCACAUCCCCCAGUACUGUGGCUCAUGCUGGGCGCAUGGCAGUACCAGCGCUAUGGCAGACCGCAUCAACAUCCUGCGCAAAGGGGCGUGGCCAUCAGCCUACCUGUCUGUCCAGAAUGUGAUUGACUGUGGCGAGGCAGGAUCUUGCCACGGGGGCGACCACUCAGGGGUCUGGGAGUACGCACACACCAACGGUAUCCCGGACGAGACUUGCAACAACUACCAAGCCAAGGACCAAAAGUGCAAGCCUUUCAACCAGUGUGGUACGUGCACCACGUUCGGCAAGUGCAACAUCGUGAAGAACUACACCAUCUGGAAGGUGGGAGACUUCGGACCCUGCAACGGCCUUGAAAAGAUGAAGGCUGAGAUCUACGCCCGUGGACCAAUCAGCUGUGGCAUCAUGGCAACCGAUACCCUGGACGCGUACGAGGGAGGCGUGUAUUCCGAGUUCAUUGAGCAGCCGUACAUUAACCACAUCGUGUCGGUGGCCGGAUGGGGCGUCGACGAGAACGGCGUGGAGUACUGGAUCGUACGCAACUCCUGGGGGGAGCCCUGGGGAGAGAAGGGUUGGCUGCGCAUCGUGACAAGUAACUAUAAGGGCGGGAGCGGCAGUCAGUAUAAUCUGGCCCUGGAGGAGGACUGCAUGUACGGAGACCCCAUCGUGCCCAAGGGAUACCUGUGAUUGGUUAAUCCACAGGCCAGUCAUCUGCACUUCUACACGGCCAAGCCUCCAUCCUGCCUGAGCGUUUGUCUGUGAUUGGCUACUUGAAAUGCCACUCAUGUCAGUGACUCUGAAAGGGAUGGGACUGGAGCACUUUUUAAAAAAAAAAUCUGUGGGUGCUGUUGCCUGCCCCACUGUUAUGGGUAAAGGGAAAUCUUGUCUACAAUUUCUCCAGCCUCCUGUAGGAGGCGAUGGAAUGCUGGAUGCGUGUCCUUGCCAAAGGAGUUGACCAGUUGUCUGUGUGGCGGGACUGGACUGCUUUCUAAACUGUUCUGCACAAUACUGAUAAUCACCUCACUCUACAAUACAAAUAAAGUCUUUUCUGCCACACAAAUAA